UAAGUCCUUUGGAAACUGCGUUAUGUUCGAGGCUUAAGGUGCUGUGGGAUUUCGGAGCUGUAAUACAAGAAAGCUAACGUCAGGAAAGCUGGCAGUGUAAUCUACAGAAGCUAAAGAAAUAGAAAGCAGAAAAAAAAAGUAGAAUCCAGCAUCGUUCCAAUUUUUCCGAUAUCCUGCACAGAGUGUGUCCGUUAAAUUUGAGAUGAUCAUACCCGAUAAUUCGCCAAUAUUUCCUCACGAUUUCUUCACCAAUUACCGCUGUACUGCCAGCACCUAUCCCUACCGUGACGUCAUCAGUUAUUCUGGGAAUGCCCCUCAAUACUCAGAGAUGCCACCUAUUCGGUCUUGUCUUGCGGCACGAGAUGAAGAUGACGUAUCUCACGAGAAACAGCGCUAUCCAAAGCCCUGUAAAGGAGAGAAGCGUGUUUGUUUCGCAGAUGACAAAGGUCUUGCUUUGACCCAUGUUCGGAUAAUGAAGGAAACGUCAGACUGUCCGCCUAGCUGGACCGACCAGUUUUUAGCACAAGUAACCCAAGGUAUAAAGACGGAGGAGGAGGAGGAGAUCGAGAAUCGGUGGGAGGUUACUUUCCCCCAACCAGCUUCUGAAUACAUGGAGUUUCGUAACAAACUAGAACAGCAGCGCGUUUCGCUUGAAAAUGUGAUCAUUAAGAACCGAGAAAUAUCUGGCACUAUAAAAGUUAAAAACGUCUGUUUCAAGAAAGACGUUUUUGUUCGUGUAACUUUUAACUGUUGGUCAAGUUUCGAGGACUUUCCCGCCAAUUAUGUCAAUAACGGACUUGGAGAUAUGACGUCACUCUUUGAUACGUUUUCUUUUUCCGUGUCUAUUCCUUCCGUAGCGUACAAAUAUGAAGCGAUCGAGUUUUGUGUGUGUUUCAGUUGUGAAAGUUCUGAAUUUUGGGAUAAUAACGGAGGAGCCAAUUACAGGAUUCUUACCGUUAGGAAAAAGAGGGCAGAAGACCACUCCAAACUUGAAAAAUUUGUAGAUGCUGUGACAGCAGACUUCAGUUCCUGGGCAUCCUUCGCUAGCUGGAAUCACUUACCAACGGAAGGGCCAUAUUGGUGAUCCCGUCCUAAUCACCAUAUGGGGCGCUGUAUAGCAUAACUGAGGGGGCUUUACUAGUAUAGGCGCCAUUUCCAAGUCUAGUUGAAGGACGACGUACUUGUAACUCUAAACACGAAGUCGGAAAGGUCAUUUGAUGACGUAAUUGAAGACCAUUAAUAAUUUUUUUAAUGAUAAAUACAUUUAUGGAACUUCGCACUAACAUUAGUGUAAUUGGGCAUCGUAAGAUUUAGAAAUGUAUUUUCGAAUUGGCAACCUUAAGUUUAGGUAGGAGGAAACUGAUACAUUUAUUGUUUUAAUCUGAGUACAGUUUUAGGAUCAUUCUUACCUAGAGUUACAGUGUUGGACAUUUUGAUUUUCUAGUAACAGUUCUGUUGAAGUUGUGUGCAAGCGGGAGAACAGUGAAAUGAGAGAAAAACAAAUUCGAAACUCUGGUAUAAACUAGAUGGUGAAAUGAAGGGAAAACAGCCUCGAAACUAGGAUUUAAACUAGAUGAUGAAAUAAGGGAAAAAGAGCUUGAAACUGGGGGGGGGGGGUAAACUAGAUGAUGAAGUGAGGGAAAAACAGUCUGGAAACCCAGGUGUAAGUUAGAUGGUGAGUAAGGGAAAAAACAGCCUCGAAACCCUGGUGUAAACUAGAUAGUGAAGUGAGGAAAAAAUAGCCUCGAAACACAGGUGUAAACUAGAUAGUGAAGUGAUGGAACUAAGGUUGGUGGUUAUUGCUUUAGAAUGUGAUAGCCGCAAAGGAUGUGAUGGCUUGAAGUUCAUGGACACCUAUGUCGUUUGUACAACCCACGUGGACACCAAAACCUGAAGAUGAUCGGGGUUCCAGAUCUUGGAUAUUGUAGGUGACUCUGUGACCAACAUCUGUAAUGGAAGGGCAUCAGUGGCGAUUUGUCAAGCUGGUCUUCAAAUCAUGUACGCCCUCCAUUGGCUGUGCUUUGAACGAAUAUAUAUUAUAUUACGACGUAAUAGGAGAAAAGUUAUCAAAGGUCAAAUUAUUUACGUGUUUGUAGUUAUAGCGGGUCACAGAUGUAUCUGAGAUGGUCAGUAACUUUCAGAGGCCUGCAUGUCCGAAUUUAUCAUAUCUUGGAUACUGACCACGUGUUUCUUGCGUGUUACGUGAAGAUUUUUACCCCCAAAAUUAAACGUAAGAUGCUUCUUAUAAAUAAGACCUCAACGUACUGAUUUUGAUUAUAAUUGAUUCGUAUUUGCCUGUAAAUGUAAGGAACUGUUUUCUGGCUGAAUGGAGAGGGGGUCUCAUAAGAUUCUUCAACAUUAUUAUUCGAUUGCUUUGAUUCGUGGGUCUUCGUUUUGAAAAUCCUGGCACGUGCGUUUACACAAUUCUAGUUUUGUACAUGUACAUUCUGAGCUUUUAUUUUUAUGGAUUUCUCUUCCAAAGGGGUUGGUGUUUUUUUUUUUUUUAUACUACUACUACUACUACUACUACUACUAAAGAUUGAAAGUCAAUAUCUGAGUGACGUAUUUUAAAUCUACGAAUUUAUUUCUUUGUAUCGAACAAGUUUCUUAAGUAGCCUAGGUGAUUUGAGUAAGGGGCCAUUUCUGUAGCUAAUGUAACCCUAGAAUCUGAGAACUGUACGUUUUUUUCGUGAGUUGUAGUUAGUAUAGAGAUAACCAUAUUUUAUGUUGUACGAGUUGCUGUUUGUUUUAAGAUGGGGCGUUUUUGUGAUCCACUUUAUUAACGUAUCUAGAGUACGUAAUCGUGGGAAGUCGUUUCGUAAGAAUCUAUUGCUUGUCGGUUGUGUAAGUGAUUAGGAAUACGGGAGGGCUGAGUACGUUAUAUUAACGUUACUGUGCCGCUGAAAAAUUAGCCGUUUUCCGAAAAGUGGAGUCCAUAGUUUUGUCGAUAUUUCGUUACCAUGGCAACGAUUUAAUAUAUGCUGCUGCUCAAUUUGUUGUCAUCACGAAUCAAAAUUUUAAAGUUUGUUUUUAUUCUUUGCUUCGUUUCUUAGUGUAAUGGGUUUUCAGUCAUGUUUGGAUAAUGUUAUUUACACGUUAAUAAUAUAUUUGGAAAACAAACAAAACUAAUGGUGUGCCAAAUGUUAAUUUCUUCUAUAAUUAAAAUUAUGUGUUACCGGAAUAUGCAUAUUAAGGAUUAAGAAGUUUUAACCCUCAUUUUGAAAGCUAAAGUAAGACCCCCCCCCCUCAAUUAGAAAUACCGUGUUAAAAAAAAAAACCACGAUUUCCAUAUAUACGUUGGUUGUGCUAUGUUGAAAUUACUGAAAAUAUUCAGUACAAAUUUUGAAUGUUUAUUAACGACAGGUGUCGUUAAACCUUGUCGUAUAAUAUUAUGAAGUUUAAUUAUACUGAUUAUAGCAGAAUAAUUAGUUCCGUUCGGAGUAGAAGUGUUGUUUUUUUUCUCCCUCCCACCCCCCUGACUCUGGUUGGGAGUCCACAGCAGUAACAAGUUGUGUUUUACUCUUUACUUAAUUUGUUAUGUUUCUCUUUUUUUUUUAACUGUAUGUUGACCAUGAACUUACGAGUGAAUUAUUGAGAAAGUGAAAAAUAUCAAUUGAAUUAUUUCAGUGGGUGGUAAAAGCCGCCCCUAUUUUGUAAUAAACCCCUUCACAGCUGGUUAACAUUAUUUUAUAGUGUGAACUGGACAAAUUGUACAUUAAAAUAUUUCAUUAGUGA